GUCAGCCUGCGACUUUAUCCGCCGUCGGGACGGCACUUUGUAUGCGUGCGAACAGCAGAAAGAUCGUUAAAGAGAAAGUAGAAGCUUCGCCAAAUUUACGGAUUCUGUUUGCCGCGGAGGGCUCGUUCAAGCCUCGCGUCUUUCGCUCUUCGUCAUCGAGAGGGAGAUCGACAACAUUGACGGAUAAUAAACCAUCGUCAUGCUUCUAAGCGCCUCACAAGCUCAGCUUGCUCUGCUUUGCCUCACGGCGGUAGCAACCACGACCAGAGAUGCCUUGGCGGACUUGCCGCCAGGUACCAGACGAAACACCUACCUGCCACCCGAGCCCACAAAGGGCUACGACUACAGUAAGCCAACAGGUCCGGGUUUUCCAAGUCCGAGUCCACCACCAGGGCCAACUAGACCUCCCUAUACGCCGUCACGACCCUAUCCUGGAAAAUCCACGUCGCAAACUCCGGAUUAUACAGGAUCGCCUAGUUCACCCGGUCACUCGCAGCACGAGGACGGUCAUGUGCACGAGCCCGGUAUGCCCUUCGACUUCAAUUACGCAGUGAAAGAGGACACUUUCGGCAAUGAUUACUCCCACAACGCCAUAAGCGACGGGGACGUGACGACGGGGGUCUACCGGGUCCAGCUCCCGGAUGGUCGUACCCAGAUCGUCCGUUACACCGCCGAUUGGAAGCACGGCUUCACGGCACAGGUCUCCUACGAGGGGACGCCGCACUUCGAUCCCCCGCGCCCGAUCGGACCCGGACCCGGGUCCGGUCCCGGCAGCUUCCAAGGCUAUUAG